CUCCACUUUCCACUGCUGGGUCCACUCCUUCAGUCCACACCAGUUCACCAAUUGUGACACAUAUUCGCAUCAGCGGGCCUGGUCUCAAAUCAUAGGUGUCUUUCACGGUCUUUCUCUCAGUGUCUCUCACCCUUCUCCCCCCUUUUUGUGCAGCUCAUGAAAGGCUUUUUACUCCAAAUGAAGCACGGUCAACCCAACUGCUUGGAGGCAAGCAACCGCCAGAGGCCGAAUCCUGCGAGGGGCUUCACCUUCUCGCAUGUCUCUCUUCUCGCUUCACAUUGAAACACAGACACACACACACAUUUUAGGAGACAGCUGCAAUGAAGCCUAGAUCUUCAGUGAAGAGGACCUUCAUCAGUGUCUCCAUCUAUGGGAAAAGUGCUGGUGCUGAGCUUGGACUUGAGCUUUUGGUUGGAUUUUGCGUUUGAUCUUAGAGUUGGAUAAAGUUUUAACACAGGAUGAUGCUAGAGAUGCAAAACCCCGAGGAUAGUGGUGGUGGUGUUGGAGGUUCUGGCUUUGUGGACAUGCUGUGCACUGAAGAGAUGGAGUGUAAGAUCUGCUACUGCGCCUACAACCUGGGGAGUCGAAGGCCUAAGGUGCUUGAGUGCUGCCACCGUCUCUGCUCCAAAUGUCUCAUUAAGAUCCUGGACUUGGGUGAGUCGCCUCCCAAUGCCUUGGUGUGUCCGUUUUGUCGCUAUCUCACCAGACUGCCGGGAGAAGCUGUGAGCAACCUGUCGGAUGAUUCCAACCUGGUGGCAAAGCUGGCCCUCCAAAACAGGAAUCAGAGAAACCGUCAGUUCCACCAGGAGGCAACUACAGAACUGCUCCUAAGCCCCAUGCGCCUGAGCUCACUGAUGAGCAGCAAUUCACCUGUGAUAUCUACUUCCUCCUCCACAUCUUCCUCUACCCCUUACUCCACCAUCCGCAGCUCCCCUAAUUUUGUGGUCAUUACUAUCAUGGAGCCUCCGCCAGCAUCCAUAUCCACCCAAGACAUCCAUGCCUACCAGCAGAUACAUGGCUCUCACCUGUCAAACCAGGACUACCACUCAUCCAGUCUGGACUCUAUGGCAUCCAUCGCAGAGAGGUGGACGGUGUGGAACUGUGCAGCCCUCCUGUGCCAGACUUCAGCCCGGGCAUUGGUAUGGGUUCUGGGGCUCUUGUACUUUAGCUCCCUGCCUAUGGGGGUUUACCUGCUCAUAAUGCAGAGGACAACACUCGGGGUGCUUCUGGUGAGCCUGGUUCCUGCCAGCCUCAUCGUGAUCAUGGUCUAUGGGUUCUGCCAGUGUAUCUGCCAUGAGUUCUGGGACUGCUUACCAUCAUAAUGCAACCAAAUGAACAGGCAAUGCUUUGCUUUGAACAUGCUUCACAAUAGAUCUCCAGAAUUGACUAAUGGGGAUGUUACUGUCUAGCUAACCAUGUGAACUGUUAUUUGAAUGGCAUAAAAGUGGAGCUCAUACAUCUUAAUUUGUGCAAUUUUUAGGCUGAUAAUCACUUACCUAAUAAAGCUCAAAAUGUCAGAUAGCUUUGACUAAAACACUACUUCUGAAGGAAUCUGUUUAAUUUAAUGCAUUAUGACGUUAUAGUUCAAAAUCUAAAGGAAUGUAUAGACUGUUCUCAUCUCCACAUUGGUGUGGCUGAUUUACAUACAAGGUGUCCUCUUUAACUAUUCCCUGAUACAUCAGGUUAGGUAUUAAGCAGCCAGCUUUCUUCUGAGUGGCAUGAGUGGCAAACAUAAGGUUUGAACCAAAGGUGGGUGCAGCUCCUGUGGUCACAGCCAGAGCUGUGUACCUGAGAUGAUCAUAUUAGAGCUAUCCUGUCAUCAUGCAGAGUGAAGAUUAAAAAUAAAACUGACAGAGUAUUUAGAUCAGCCUGAACUUUUGGCUGAUUGGGAUUACUUUCACAUGACUAACAUCAUCAUUUGAAAUUUUGGCCAUGUUUAGGCACGAGCAUCCGCCACUGCAGCAGUACAUAUCUGAAAGAAAAUGAGAAAAAACACAAUAGGUACCUUUAAUGGAGAUAUAAUAUGUAAAACGCAACUGCAGAUCAGCAGCAGAGAUCUUAAACAUUGUCUCUGAGAUCUUAAAUUUGAUUUUAAACACACUCAUUGCCUGUGUCAGAGGGACAAAUCAUUUUGUUCCGAUUAAAGCCCUGCCAGCUAAAAUGAUUAAUUCCCUCAAACAGAAUAAAAGAAGGCAUAAUAAUAAUAAUAUUUGCUGAUAACUAACAUUAGAGGGAAAAGCAGGAUCUAGCUGAUAUAAUUAGUCAAACAUUAAGCUAGAGUGUUUUUUAAGACGUGGGAUCUCUGCUGUUAACGUCUGUUCACAGUGUACUGUAUUAUUAGUCUGAGCCACCAGAUGGUGCUGUGACCAUCCACCCCAACAUCCACCUUCACUGCUGAGGUUUUGCUGGAUGUCCUGUCCUUGCAAAAGUCUUUAUUUCCAGUGUCUUUAUUCAGGCUGUUAAUCCUUGCAAAAAGAUGUCAGCUAAUGGGGUGACUGAUAACUGACAGACCAUCUCUGUUAAUUAAAACAGUUAGAAUCUGCUUCAGACCAGCUCAGACUGUUGUUUAAGAUUUUGGUGCAAGUGUAACAGCAGUGUUUACACUGUAAGUUUGACAGUCAAAUUAACAGUCAUGUUUUCAUGCUUACUUGGUAUUGUCUGGAGUGGAGACGUCUGGAGAGAUAACUGACUGAGAGACCCGAGUCAAAAACAAGCUGGGCUAAUAAAUGUGUAUGAGGUGAAUAACAUUGCACUGCUAUAAUUUGUGGAUUAUUAAAAUAAUC